CCGUUUGUCCAAUCAGAUGAAGAGCCCGAAGCUUAGGGAAGAAGCAGAUGAUAUGGCAGGUUUGAGAGCGACCAGGUGGAACUUGCUUUGUUAACACGACUAAACGUUUGAUUAUGAAGACGCUUUCAGUCAGAGACGACAGUUGUUCGAAAUGAUGUACUUAAUUCUGAUUUCCGCGUUCUCUGGAGCAGUCAUCACGUUGCUAUUACAGUUCUUGCUAAUAUACCGGAGAAACAUCGAGCCCAUUGGCUGGACAGUGCAGUAUGUCAAAGUAGUGCCUGAUAACACAUUGAAGGAUUACUUUAAUACACAGCAUGCUGAACCAGGUCAGCAACAGCAGCAGGACAGCACAGCAUCUGGCGCAUCUAAACAGCAAGAGGCCGCCUCAACAAGGCAGCAGGAAGCGACUGUCACCGGCGGAAGCCCCAAACCACAGCCGCCACCGCCUUCUCAAAGCGAGCCCGUUGAUGCGGCCAAACCUGAAACGUGCAAUUUCCUAAAUGCUAUAUUUUUGUUCCUAUUUAGAGAGCUCAGAGACACCCCUGUCGUUAGACACUGGCUCACCAAAAAGAUCAAAGUGGAGUUUGAGGAGCUGCUGCAGACCAAGACAGCAGGACGGCUCCUGGAGGGACUCAGUCUCAGAGAUAUUUCCCUGGGCAACUCCUUGCCUAUCUUUAAAACGGCCAAACUUAUGAAACCGUUGCAUUUAAACGAGGACGGCAUGCCCGAGGAACUCAACUUUGAGGUGGACAUUGAAUACAAUGGUGGCUUUCACCUCGCCAUUGACGUCGACCUAGUGUUUGGGAAGUCUGCCUACCUGUUUGUUAAGAUGAAACGCGUUGUAGGUAGACUGAGGCUGCAGUUCACACGCAUGCCCUUCUCCCAUUGGUCUUUCUCCUUCCUCGAGGACCCGCUGGUUGAUUUUGAGGCGAAGUCGCAGUUUGAAGGAAGGCCGCUGCCUCAGCUCACCUCCAUCAUAGUUAACCAGCUGAAACGGGUCAUCAAAAAGAAACACACCUUGCCAAACUACAAAAUCAGAUACAAGCCCUUCUUCCCGUUCCAAGUGCAUUCCCCACUGGGUUUGGCUGGUGAUUUGGACCUGUCAGUUCAGGACAGCAGGCUGAUGGAAGGGCGACUAAAAGUCACCCUCAUUGAAUGUAGCAGAUUGUUCAUCCUGGGCUCCUAUGACAGAGAAACCCAUGUUCACUGCACCCUGGAGCUGAGCAGCCACCAGUGGAAGGAGAAGACUCGCAGCUCUAUCAAGCGGACGGAGAUUAUCAAGGGCCCAUGUGGCAGUGUGGGGAUGACAUUCAGGCAUGUCCCUGCCAGCGAAGGAGAUGCAGUACAUGUCAGCAUCGAGACGGUUAUGCCCAACUCACCUGCAGCCCUGGCAGACUUGCAGAGGGGUGACCGCCUCAUUGACAUUGGAGGCGUCAAAGUGACAUCCUCGGUUCAAGUGCCCAAACUGUUGAAGCAGGCUGGAGACAGGGUGGUGGUACUUUAUGAGAGACCAGUGCGUCACCAGACUCCCUCUUUUGCAAACCUGGGAACUCUUCAGGAAGGGUUUGGCCAGCUAGAGGAAACAGGUUUUGUUUCUCAGCCAGGGGGUUAUGAGGAAGACCCAGCCCCUAUCACUACCCUUUCUGACAUAUCAGACAGCAAGGACAUAGAUUCUGAAUUUGAAGAAUUGAUUGUGGACUCCAAACCCAGCCAGACUAGUGGCCCUAACAGCAGUAUCACAAAUACCACUGACGCUAAGGAGGAUUCUUUACUUACAGUAAACCAAAGCCCCAAAAGGACUGUGGCCAACUUGGCCUCUAAGCCCCUUGGUACCAUCUCACCUAUCCUCAACCGCAAGUUAAACCUGGUGGGUCUCCAGUCACCACUAAAGCCCCAGCCCAAAGAAUCACCAAAGCCCUCACCACAUAAGACUAGUAGUGAUCCAGGGGAGGGUCUGCAACGCCCCACUGUCCCUCCUCCACCUCCACCUUCACGACCCCCAGUACCACCAAGACCUCAGAUAAGGUUAACGUCAGCUUCUGCAGAAAACAGUCAUUUGGAAAGCAUUGAUUCUGUUAUAACUACAAGUGCUACUGUUGCUCCUACCAUGACUACCACCAUCAGCGCUUCUGACAGAUCUCCAGAAAAAGCUCCUCUCACAGGAACCAAUGAGGACAAGGCUGGUACUGAAAAGAUAGGUGUCAGACAUGCUGAGGUGAAACAGUCUAGGCCAGCAGAGUCCAGUGACGAGCUGUCAGUCCCUCUCACUGCGACCAAUAGCAACAAGGCAGAUCAAGCAAAGGAGAAAUCUUCAGAGAGCUGCUGCAGCACACGGGAAAGUCUAGAGGACCAUUGCCUCUGGGAAUCUCCUGAAAGCAUGUUUCGGAAUCAGACAGCAUGCUGGCCCAAGGCAUCUGUGGUGUUUGAAGUAGAGAGCAACCAUAAGUACCUAAAUGUGGCUCUGUGGUGCAAAGAUCCCUUUAAGCUGGGCAGUUUGUUGUGCCUGGGUCAUGUUACCCUCCAGUUGGAGCAUUUAGCCUUGGAAUGUAUGGCCACAAAUUCAGCAGAGUACCAGAGCACCUUUAGGCUGGGGCCUCCAGAACCCAGAGCUAACGUUAGUCGCACUGCGCUACGCAGCCUCAGUACCCACAAGGGCUUUAAUGAGAAGCUGUGUUAUGGAGAUGUUACACUGAACUUCCGUUACUUAGCUGAGGGUGAGUUAGAGUAUCCAGGCGGUCUGGCAGAAAGGGAGAGAGAGGGGAGUCUCCAUGAUGAGGAUCUAAGGGAGAGAGAGAGAGAGCAUGUCCCCUCAGCAUCACGUGAUGACUUGGCCAUGCAGUUGGUGGAGGUGCGUCACAACUUCCAGGACACCCAGUUCCAGAACCCCACCUGGUGUGAAUACUGCAAAAAAAAGGUUUGGACCAAGGCAGCAUCUCAGUGUAUGGUCUGUGCCUACGUUUGUCACAAGAAGUGUCAGGACAAGUGCCUCACUGAAAAUCCCUUCUGUGUGGCAGCGACUGAACGUCGUGGAGCUGACCCUGAAGCCAAAUCCACCAUAAACCGGGCCACCACUGGUCUGACACGUCAUAUCAUCAACACCAGCUCCCGACUGCUUAACCUCCGUCAGGUGCCCAAGACUCGGCUGGUUGAACAGGUGGCUGAUGCGGGCCCUGGAAUGGUGGAACCCUCACCCAAGCAUACUCCCAACACUUCAGACAAUGAGAGCAGUGAUACUGAGACAUACACCAGUGGUGCCAGCCCCUCAAAACAGCCUGCAGGCAGUGGUUGCAGCAGUAAACUUGUACGCAAGGAAGGCGGGUUGGAUGAUAGUGUGUUCAUUGCUGUGAAGGAGAUAGGCCGCGACCUGUACCGAGGACUGCCCACAGACGAGCGCUCCCAAAAGCUGGAGUUGAUGCUGGACAAGCUGCAGCAGGAAAUUGACCAGGAGCUGGAGCACAAUAACGCUCUUCUGCUGGAGGAGAGGGAGGCCACAGAUGCUCGGCGUAAGGCCCUAAUUAGUACUGCCCUAGCCAAGUCUGGGGAAAGACUCCAGGCCCUUACUCUACUAAUGAUCCACUACCGGGCAGGAAUUGAAGACCUGGAGUCAGUGGAGAGCACCUCUCCUUCAGAGCAACAAGGCUUUAAAGGCAAAGGAGAAGCGAUGGAGGAAGAGGCCCUGAUUGGGGCGGAGGUCUAUGACAGUGACAUAUGCAGCCCUGUAGAGGUGCAGCUGCUGGAUGACAUUACAGAGGAGCAAAUCUGUGUGGAGGCACUCCACUAAUUGAUACUAGGAGAGAAGAGAGAGGAACAGGCCACUCAGCAAAUUUAUGUCCAAUUUGCUUAUCGAGAUUCUGAAAUUCCAGAAGUCAAACGUUUGUUUUAAAUAUUGGGGAUAUUGAGGUCCAGUUUUUGGUUAAAACACUUUUUUUUCUUUUUUUUUUAUUUAUGUGAAACAGGAAUGAUGAAAGGAAUUUUCUUCCAGUCGAUUCAUGGUAAACCUGUUAGAUUUGCACACGUGAUGCCAUUUUCAUGCUCUUUUUAAAGGGACGCUUAAGAGGUACAUUAUUAUUUGCCCUCAGUAGUGAUGCAUGUGUAUACUCCAGUUUUGUUUUUCUGUGGUCCCUAAAUGUUAUUGUAAGCAUUUAAUUCAGUUUGCUAUUUUGUCUGCAACUGCUGUAAUGGGACUUGAGUGCACAUUUCUGAGGUGUACUAGUCAGAAUCAUCAACUACCAGAAAGUUCUAAAUUGUUUUUUUGUAAGUAAAAAGCCUAGAUGAAGGUGAAAUAUUUGUGUUUAGAAGUGUGAAUCUUACUAAGGAAAAGCAGGUUUAGACAUCCAUCUGAGUGGAACAUGUAAGUUGUCUAAGGACCCAGUGAGUGGUCAUAAAUAUGUUUUAUUCUGAGCACUUUUUACUGUAAUAUAUUUAGAUUUUAGAAGUUAUUUACCCUCCUCACAAAACUCUUUCAUUUCAGCAACUUCAUAAUUAUUUGUGAAAUUUUAUGUAUAAAUUUCCUCUUUCUUUUUUGUGUUGAUAAAGCCAAAUAUGUCAUAUAUAACCCAUAUUUUCUUUCUCUUAGGGGGGUGCAAGGAGGUAAUUGGCCUGUGUUGUAAUUUUGAAUCAACUGUUUCUAUUUGUUUGUCUUUCUCUGUCAUGUUUUGCUUAGAACAUCCCACCCCAACUUCUGAAACUCAACUAUGGCACAUUGCUAACUGAUUAAAACUUUCUGAGAAUGUGAGAAAAGCAUGUAACCGACUUGUUUGAUUGAUCUGUGAAUGAAUGUUACACAGAACAUCUCUUUAGUAAAAUUUGCAGUAGUUAGUUAUUUUCUUUAAGGUGUGUCUAUAAAAAUGUUUUCCAUGGUUCAAAACGUAUGCGUUCUAGUGCAGAUCAUUUGUCUUGAUGAGUUGCUUUUGUGUAUAACCGAUUGCUUUCCCCAUUUCCUUGCACAACAUCAAUCAUAAUUCAUGUAGCCUAUUAUAGUGAUUCUAUCAUAACCAGCUACAAUUUCAUAAUGCUAUGCUGUUUAUCUUUUGCACCCUUAGUGAGUCACUGGGAAAUUAUUUUUUGUGAAGAGAAACAGCAAACAAAAAGCAACCUUCUUUGAUGUCCUUCUCUUUCUUUAUUUUGAUGGUUAUUUUGAACAGUUCGGUUUUCCAGCUCAAACACAGUUGAGUUUAUUUGUAGAUACUUAGUGAGGUUGAGUAGAAGAGCUUUAGCUGGGACAACUGGAUUUCAUCUUAAAAGGGAAGAUGUAUCACCUCUCAUCCAAAAGGCUUCUUCAGUUCAAAAGGCCAGAGAAAUAACAAGAUCACUACCAUUAGUUAAGACACAGAUAAGAAGGACAAAAACAUCACUGUCCAAUGUGUGGCUGAAGUAUUUGAAAGGCUAUGGAGCAUUUUCUCCAGACAUGACGAUCCAGUGUAGUGAGGGCUUCAAUGACCUGUACAUUGGAUAGACCAAACAACCGCCUCACAAGUGCAUUGUUCAGCACAGGAGGGCCAACCCCACUGGCCAGGAUUCUGCAGUCUAUGUACAUCUUAAGGACAAGGGACAUUCAUUUCAGAACAAUAAUGUUCACAUCCUGGACAGGGAAGACAGAUGGUUUGAGAGAGGGGUAAAGGAACCCAUCUAUGCCUACCUGGAACAACCUCCCCUCAACAGGCACAGGCCACCACCUAUCAACCACCUGCUGUGCAACCUUGAGAUACCUCCCCAGUCAUUCACACCUGGACAUGAGACUCUUCACGAGUCACAUGAUGGCUGUGUGCGACAACAAUCCAUUCAACCCCCUUGCAGUCACAUGUUGGCUGGACAGGUCUACCAUCUAAGUUUAAUACCUGGAACUCCCAACCAGUUAAUCAGAACUAAAGAAAUCUUUAUGAGAGGUGAAACGUCUUUUCGCUAAAUUGAAAAUUAAAUUCCAGUUGCCCCAACUUAAGCUAUUUUAUGCAAGGUGACCUGGAUGGCUGAGAAUCUCUGAGGUUGAGUUUUAUAGUCUUCUAAAAUAUUAACAGCAAUCAGCAGGUUUUGGUAACAGUCCAUCUGAAUUGUGACUUUCAAAAAGCAUGCAGUUCGAUUGAAUGGAAGUAUUGAGACAGAAAACAUCCCUGCACAGGAAAAACAAAAAAAGAUGAAACACAAUCCAGAAUCCAUUUGGGAUAAAAGAUCAAUAAGUUUGGAGGUUUAUCAAACACUAAAACACUCCAUGGAUUGAAAUACUUCUGAUGCAAACAGUUGAAAAAUAUUGUUAAUUUUUAAAGUAGUCUACCAAGAAUGGGCACUUGAAAGUAUUUGUUUGGCCGCCACUUUGAUUUAUGGUGCUUCAUUGUGUUGAGGCGAAAGUUGACCCAACUUUUCUUUCUUGUGACAGAGACCCAUAGGCAGUCCUGCUGCACCUCCAAAACAGCCUCAUUCAUUUCACACAGUGCUGAUUGUGCCCUGAACAUAGCUGAAGACCUUUAUAUACUUUUUCUGUGGGUUGUUAAACAACAUUUUGGAAAAAUAGGGAUAAGACCUACAAACAAAACCUUCUGUCUGAUUGAGGGUCUGUGUUCAUCCACUUCCCUGCCGCCAGACAAUUCGAUCACCCACUUAAUGCAGUAUGCAGGUGCUUUUGUUCAAAGAAGUACAAAUACUGAAACCGUGUAUGCCCUGCUCUGUGCAAUUCAUGACAUUGAGAUGUCAGGAUCAUGGAGAAAAAUCAGAGAAUCCCUGAGGAGAGGAGAGUCUGUGACAACAGACAAUGCUGAACCAUUGAGACCGUUGAGUAUAAGCACUCUUGCCUAGACCUGUUGAAUGAUGCAUUGUACAAACUAGUUGAGGGAUACUGAAGGCUAAACUGCAGGUUUUUGCAAUUGUCUUAGUACCAGAGAGCAUUUUUUCUUUUGUGGCGCUGUGGACCAUCCAACCCUAACCCUAACAUUAAGUAGGCUAUCACAAACAUUGUACCUUUUAUCUUACUAAAGAAACUUUCAAGCUUUUUUAAACUCACUGUUUUUGCUUUUUUAACUAGCUAGUUGCUGUUGCAGCAGUCAUCAAUACAACACUUUCAGAUAGGGUAGUGAUUCUGUGGUUGAUGUGCUUGCAUAAUGAUGACCUACAUUCAAAAUCCCUAUGGAAUUGCAAGUGUAAGAGGGAAUGAUUGGGAAAGAUGCAUCAAAAUCAAAGUACCUGCAAAGUAGCCUCUAAUGUUUUAUAAAUAUGAUUUGUUUUUUACCCAUUAGAAUGGUGAAUUAUGGCCUGGUACCAUUACCAGGAAGUGGGACCCACCACUUUAUGUCUAGGACUGCAGUUUUCUCGAGAUGUCUUCAGAUAUUCUUUAAUAAAGUACAAAAAGCUGAUGGUAAAUUCAACAAAUAUCCGAAAUCAUCCAAAAUGAAUUUAACACCAGUUGGCUUAGAUAUUGGCUUACUGACUGCUAUACUUGUCAGUCUUUCUCAGUUUUUGUGUAUUUUUGUGCCAUAUUUUUGUAGAAAAUGAGUCCAGUUGUCAGGAAUGAAUCCGUGAUUUCUUUUUAAAAAUGUGUAUUCUGUGUGCUGAUAUGUUUGGUCGUAUAACCUGAGGGUGUUUGGGGGGCCAAUGAGAGAACCUGAUGGCAUUUGCCCUGUAAAGCCCUCUUCUGGCCUGAGAAGCAAUGCUUUUGCUGCUGCUGUUGGUGUUAUAGUGUGCUCUUCUACAGAACUCAUAAUGACAUGCCUCUGCCCCCCCCACCCCCACCCAGUCCUGACUAUUGAAACAGCAGUUACAAUAUGAGUGCCCACCACAGCUUUCAGCAGCUCAGCAUGAUGUAUGUGAGGGGUGUUGAAUACAGUUUUAGAGAAGGUUCAUGUGGAGAAGCUUUAUUGUACAUAACCUAAAUAAACAAGCUCAAAUGAACUCCCA